UUGUUGAGUUGUGUUUAUAUGUGUAUGAACUAGAUGUGAAACAUUCUCAGCCCGCUGGUGUAUUUCAGUUUCCUGUUCAAUUUGCAAAGUUAUCACUAGUACACCUCCAGUGAUUAACACUGUAGAAACUUGUGUUCAAAAGAGAUAUUGUGAGAUGGCUUGUUUUUGCACUGAUGUACAAAUUAUGUGUGUGUUUUAAAAUCCUUUAAUUAGACAUGGACAAGCAUCAGCUAGAUGAUGGUUCUAAGGCAGCAAUGGGGACCAUGAAGAAGCAAAAUAAAAAGGCAAAAGACACAAGAAAAAGAAACAAAGAGGCUAAAAAAAGGAAAGACAACGAGGUAAAAAGAUUGGAAAUGGACCGGGACACAACGGAGAAAGAGAAAGAGAAGAUGAUUGAAGAAAAAAAGAAAGCCGAGCUGAUUUGGAGACUGGAUGAGGAGAGACUGAAGGCUUUGGCAGAAGUGACAGAAACAGACAUGGCAAAGGAACAGAAUGAUGGUGAUAUGAAGGCAGACAUAUUGAGGGUGGAAGAACAAGGGAAGAGAGUUCAAGAAAACAGCCAGAAUCAUAAGACAAAACAGGAGCAAGAGACAAUGAAGUUAAAUAUGGGCAGAGAAAGAAUGGAAGAAGAGAUAAAGAUGAUGGAUGCAGAACAUGAUAAAGCCAAUAUGUCAAGGAGACUGGAAGAGAAGAGUAUGAGUGCUCUGGAAGAAGAGGAGAGGAGGAGAGUGAAGGAGGAAGUUGAAACAGAGAUGGUGAAAGGACAUCCCUCCCCUGCAGAAAAGUUAGAGUCUGAUGAUAAAGUCUUGAGAGUCGCUGAAGAAUCUGAAAAAGAAGGAAAGAAAGGCAGGAAUAAAGGCAAGGAGAUCCUGACGGAGGACAAAGAACCUAUGAUGAAGCCCGAAAAGACAGCACAUGCAAAUUCAGAGAAUAUUCUACUGAAGUCACCUUUACAAGGAGAUCACCUCUCUCCCAUUGUGGAAAAGGUGACGUCAAAACCUUUGGCACCAUUACAAGACAUGUGCAAGCAUCAGCUAGAUGAUGGUUCUAAGGCAGCAAUGGAUGAGGAAUGCAUGAGGAAGCAAAAGAAAAAGGCAAAAGACACAAGAAAAAGAAACAUACAGGCUGAAAAAAGGAAAUACAACGAGUUAAAAAGAUUGGAAAUGGACCGGGACACAACGGAGAAAGAGAAAAAGAAGAUGGUUGAAGAAAAAAAGAAAGCAGAGCUGAUUAGGAGAUUAGAGGAGGAGAGACUGAAGGCUUUGGCAGAAGUGACAGAAAUGUUGAAAGCAAAAAAAGCUAUUCGAAUGUAAACACUAUCGGAAGGGCCAUCUUCCAAAUAAGAUAAUCAGAGACCUAAGACAAAUGUCAUCAUUCCAGAUACUCACAGAUUCACACAGUAUUUUAUUUGAUCUUCUUUCACAUUUUUUUUUUUCAAGUGACAGCUAUUUUUGACAAUUUGCCUUGAAGACACCCCACACUCCUAUAAUGAAAUAAACAAAAAAUAAAGUAUGUUUGGGAAAAAAGGUAGUUUUAUUGUCAUGUUUUACUGACUAGAACAGAGCAUAGAGUUAGAUAGAGUCAGAUGUCAUUAGACAUCCCAAUCGAGAGUCAAAAUCCAAUCCAAAAAGGGUCAACAUAGAGCAAAUAAUAAAUCAAUGAGGAUUCAGGAAUCAUAGUAAAAAAGGGUCAGACAAAAGUCUGAAUAAACCAGAACACAAGACUUCACAAUGACAGAGAAAAGAGAAGUUUAAAUACACUGGCAGACAAGGAAUAGGUGAAGACCAUUGACAUGACAAGGUGAGUGGAAGAGUCCAUUAGAAAGGAGAGGGGAGCAAUGAGUUUCAGUUGCAGUCAUGACAGAACCCCUCAGGACAGGCUCUAAAGCUGAAAACCAUUUUCCUGAGGUGCUUUUCCACUGGGAACGUCCCAGGUGGAGCAAACGUUUAUAGGAACAGCCCCCUAAUCGGCUCUUUCAGACUUUCUGUUUCCAUUGCGGUGUGUAGCCUAAUAUUCUAACAUUAGUGAUGUAGCCUAAUAUUUUGCUCUUCGAUCUCGAGGCCGGUGGGCUGUGAGUAGUAGCUGCACACAGAUGGGUAAUUCUUGAUAGUUGUGUUGAAGUGUGUGACAUCAUGUAGAACAGAUACUCUCCCAAAAAUCUUUCAGUUUCUGACAAUAAAAAAUUAAAAUAGUUCUUAUUCACCUGUGGUACUUUGUGAAAGGGACUUAAAGGCCCAGUUCACGAUUCUAAUCCCAUACACUUUUUGUCAGAUUUAGCAAAUAACUUCUCACUGUCCUCUAGCUUCACAAAGAUUUUGACUUCUAGACCAAACUAUGGACGUUCCAGACAAAAGGAAACUAAUUUGGUUCUUCAAGCUUUUCUUUCUUUGUUACACACUAUAAUGUGACCUAUUUGUGGAAUGGUUGUUAUAGAAAUGAUUACAGUUCAGUGAUGUGAGGAUGGAUCCAUGGAGACCAGGAUAGUGCUCCUGAAAGUGGUAACUUGUGACCACAAAUAGUAGUCGGGUAGCGCUCCCAAUUUAGUUUACAUGCAAGCUGUGGUCUACAUUUUAAACAAAGGUUUUGUUUAAUAUUCUAAUAAAUGUAAACUGGCAUAAUAAAGAUUAGAUAACAAAUAAAAACCAUGUAUUGUAAUAUCCUGUUGAACCUGCAGAGUUUUGCACAUGACUAGCCACCACUGUGCAAAAACUUGACAGCAUGAAGCCGUUAAACUGAAAACGAGUGAACAUAACUCCAACUAAUGAACAUAAACUCCGACCUAUCAAGUCAAGUUA